AUGUCGGUAUCGUCAACAGUGACCGGUCAGUCGUCCCCGCUGACGACGCGGCUGUACGCGCCCACCCCGAACACCAGUGACUACCAGUGGACCCAGGAUAAUGUUGUUCUUACUACAACGAAUGCGCAAUGGAGUGAAGCCCCGCCCCCAGAAUAUAAAGUGUAUCCGAUGGCCAACUUCAAUGAUGCCAACGGUGGUCUAAUGAACUCAAAGAUGAACAUUGUCUCGUCUACAUCUUAUUACAACGGGCAAGACAUCACCAAUACGUUAUUACCAUCUUGCCAAAGAGAUGUAAUAAACUCAAACGGAAUAUGCGGCAAUAACUUGAUAAGACCUCCUUUACCAGGCGUUAUGAAUACACCAAUAAUGGUACCCUAUCAGAGGACUGGCCCCAGUAUUCCGCAACGUAAUUGGAACUCUCAUGGGAACACUGAGAGGUACAACCGGCCUGUAUGGGUACCACCGAAAGCGUCAAACGGAGUAAAGAAGCAUAAACGUGUACGAACAGCUUUCACAAGUCAUCAAAUGAUGGAACUUGAACAGGAAUAUGCGCGCACCAGAUAUUUAGACCGGGCUCGUCGUAUUGAACUUGCGGAAACUUUAUUAUUAAACGAACGGACGAUAAAAAUCUGGUUCCAGAACCGGAGAAUGAAAGAGAAGAAGGAUAGAGCUGAGAAUUACGACGAUUCAGAGGAACCGAGUACUACAGAUUCUUCGCCGGAAAUGAUCACUAAAGUCAUGCCAGUACAAACGCAUGAGAACUACUCAAUGCAAUGUAAUGCUCCUAAUGGCGUUUACCAUCAAGGCUCUAAUUAUUUCGUUGAACAAUAUCCAUCAACUCCUACUACUAUUAUGCCUCAAUUGCCUAUGUAUCAAAUCAAUAUGCCACAAGAACCUCAGCAUAUCAUGCAAGAAGGCUAUAACAGUGUUUUAGACAGUAAUAUGGAUGUUGGAUUAAAAUUUGAUCCACUCGCGGCGAAUUUAUUGAAAACAGAAUCGUUUGAGCCGUGCGAAUCUAACGAGACUUAUUCACUGGACGGGUCUCCGGCGCACUCAGAUAUAUCUGCCAUUGACUCCGUUAAAAGUGACAUCAACGAUCAAAAUUGGGAUUUGUCGUGGAUUAGAAGCAUUAAUUUCCAAGAUGAAGCUUAA